CAGUCCGCAUCCAAUCUCCAAUCGAUAGCUAUCGUACGGAAACGCAUUGUUUUGUUGUUAAAAGAUGGCUGAGAGUAAAUCUUUCCAAGCGCUUCUGCAACGCCCUCUGGAGCCAUCGUUUAUGCCAAAGGACGAUGGUAAAACAUCGCUCAUAAUUCCGGACGAGUAUUUGAGUGAUCGUUAUCGUCCGUUAGCUGGCGAUUUGCAGAGCAGGUUCACGAGUGGCGCGGAGGUCGAAAUUCCGGUUCGAAAUGUUGGAAUCCCGGAUCUUGCCUUUGCGGAGGUUAUCGAUCGUCGUGGAGCUUUUUCUUUGUUCGUCGAGAAACACCGGGAUAUUGCUGGUAAACUGAUAGACGUAUUCGUCAAAGUUCCGGAUGCUAGCUCUUUGGUGGGAAUCGCAACUUAUGCUAGGGACCGGCUGAAUCCGUAUUUGUUCCAAUACGCACUGUCGGUGGCAAUCCAGCAUCGGCCAGACACUAAAGAUGUACCGAUUCCAUCUAUUUUGGAUCUAUUUCCUGAUCAGUUUGUGGAUCCUUCAACGUUUCCAAAGCUGCGUGAAGAAGGAAGCAUCGUCAAUCAAGCUCAAAGGACUGCUAUUGAUAUUAAACCAAACUUUACUGCGUCGGAUCGCGAACCAGAACAGAGAAUGGCAUACUUCCGUGAGGACAUCGGAGUCAACAUGCACCAUUGGCACUGGCAUUUAGUGUAUCCUGCUGGGGCGCCACCGGAAAUUGCUAAGAAAGAUCGCCGUGGUGAACUUUUCUACUAUAUGCACAGCCAAAUCAUUUCUCGUUAUAAUGUGGAUCGAUUCUGUAACCGUUUGGGACAGCUUCAACCACUGACCAAUCUACAGGCACCGAUUCCGGAGGCGUAUUUCCCGAAAAUGGUUCGUAGUCUGAACAAUCGUGCCUACCCUGCUCGGCAUGACAAUCAGGUUAUGAGGGAUCUCAAUCGAGUUGAUAGUGACACGGUCAUAACGGUAAACGAGCUGCAACGUUGGAGAGAUCGCAUCUAUCAAGCAAUCGAUCAGGGAUUCGUUGUUGAUUCAUCCGGUAAAAACAUUCCUUUGGAUGAAGUCAAAGGAAUCGACAUUUUAGGUGACUUGGUUGAAGCUUCCACGCUUUCCGUCAACAGGAGGUUGUAUGGGAGUUUGCAUAACUUUGGACAUGAUUUUUUGGCCUACAUUCACGAUCCUGAGUAUCGGUACUUGGAAGAUUUUGGAGUAAUGGGUGACGUGACAACGGCAAUGCGUGAUCCUGUGUUCUAUCGUUGGCACGGAAUGAUCGAUGGCUUGUUCAGAAGAUUCCUUGAAACGCUAAACCCAUACACUUCUACUCAAUUAGCAUACAACGGCGUUAAAGUCAACAGCAUCACUGCUCGUGUCAAUAGAGCAAACGCUCCGAUGAAUAUUUUGCUAACAUAUUGGCAGAGAUCGCAAGUCGAUUUGGCUGCCGGACUUGAUUUUGGUCCUCAAGGAAACGUUUUCGCAACAUUCACUCACCUUCAGAAUGCACCAUUCACGUAUGAAAUCAAAGUAACAAAUUCAUCAGGCUCUCUGAAGCGUGGUACAGCUCGUAUCUUCCUCGCACCCAAAGUUGAUGAACGUAACACUAGCUUGCAGUUCCGAGAACAAAGACGAUACUUUAUUGAAUUGGAUAAAUUUGGAGUGAAUUUGAAACCAGGACUAAACACUCUAACCCGGCGAUCGGAUCAAUCCAGUGUGACCAUACCCUACGAAAGAUCUUUCCGGCGCAUUGGAACCAGUGAAACUCCAACUGAUGCAAGACAACUGGCGGAGUUCCGUUUCUGUGGAUGUGGCUGGCCGCAGCACAUGUUGCUUCCGAAGGGAGCCCCCGAAGGCGUUCAAUUCGAUUUGUUCAUCAUGAUAUCAAACUUUGAUGAUGAUUCCGUAGGACAGGAGUUUGAUGAAACGGUUGACUGUAAUGAUGCACAUUCGUUCUGUGGAAUCAGAGACAAGCUGUAUCCGGACAAGCGAACCAUGGGCUUCCCGUUCGAUCGUCGUACUGAGGCUAAUGUGGCCACUUUGACUGAUUUUAUGCGACCCUAUUCUAAUAUGGCUGCCACAAAUGUGCAAAUUAAGUUCACCAAUACGAUUAUAAGCCGAACUUAGUUAAGUGCACUAAUGCGAUUAUCAGCGAAACCAGGAUCGAGGGAAUAAGUAGAGAAGAAAAGUAUAUUAUUCAUUAUUUAUGUAUGCGUUCUGAUAAUAAACGAAAAACUUAUAUUCAAUGAUA